AUGCCCGUGGACCUGGCCGUGCGGCUCUGCCUGAGCCACUCGCCUCCCAUCCGCAAGCUGCUGAACUCCUACGAGGAGCUGCGAGGCAACCGAGGCCGCAAACCUCUCCGAUCCUGUCUCAACCAGAAGCUGAGCACAGAACCUGAGCGGCGAGACAGCACCAAGAGCUCCAAGGGCCAGAAGAAGAAGCGAGUUGUGUUUGCUGAUAUGAAGGGUCUCUCACUGACAGCUGUCCGCUUCUUCUCAAAGAUUGAGGAAGACCUCUGUGACUUGCAGCAUGCCCUGUCAGACCUCGCCUGCCUCCGACCUAGGCUUUGGGACUCACGCCCAGAAGCGUGCAAGUAUGUGCUGGACUUCCCACAGCCCUCUGCAGACUACACAGCUUUCCGCAGCAGCCUGCACAGGAACCUUGUCUGCCUGGAGAGCUGUCUGAUCCAGGACCGUGCUCUGUCAGGAACAGUGAAGGUCAGAAACAUCGAGUAUGAGAAGAAAGUGACAGUCCGCAUCACCUUCGAUGGCUGGAAGAGCUUCCGGGACAUCUCCUGCCAGUACAUGCACAGCACAUAUGGCUCAGCUGACACAGAUGUCUUCUCUUUUGAGCUCGCCCUGCCCAAGCCCUCCGUCUCCCGCAGAGCCACAGAGUUCUGCAUCUCCUUCCAGUGCGGACAGAAGACCCACUGGGACAACAACCACGGGAGGAACUACAAGAUCUGCCACGUGGGCACGAUCCGCCCUCCCUCCCAUGCCGUGAAGAGUGCCAAGGGGGCCUGGGAGCAUCUUGGCACCUCUGGGGCUGCUUCCCUGGUCCUUUCUCACCUGCAGACCUGGCGGCGUUCAGAGACACACGCUCCUUAUUGGUAG